AUGCUAUGCUCCAAAGUGGGCCACGAGAGGACAUUUGCUAUAAAAACCAUUGUAGACAAACACACUUGUGCUAGGGUUUUAGACAAUAAAUCUGCAAAUUUAAGGUGGGUGGCUAAGAUUGUUUUGAAGAAGAUGCAGACCUCACAGGAUGUCAGAAUCACUGAUAUUAUACAAGAUCUGAGGCAAAAUUACUCUGUAUGUAUAACUGUGUGUAGGGCUUGGAAAGCAAAACUCAUAGCCAAGAAGAUGUUGGAGGGAGAUGCAGACAGACAGUAUGCAAUAUUGAGGAGGUAUGCUGCAGAAUUAUUAAGGGCCAGCCCUGGAAACACUUUGGCUAUAACUGUUGAAAGGCCUAAUCCAACAAUCCCACCAAGAUUUGGUUGCUUUUAUUUCUGCUUUGAGGGAUGUAAAAAGGGUUUCAUUAAAGGAUGUAGGCCCUUUGUGGGAGUGAAUGGCUGCCAUCUUAAAACAAAGUAUGGUGGUCAGUUGCUAAUUGAUGUAGGGAGGGACCCUAAUGAUCAGUAUUUUCCACUUGCUUUUGGGGUGGUGGAGACAGAAACAAAAGAAAGCUGGAAGUGGUUCUUGGAGCUGUUGAUGAAUGAUGUGGGCCAGAGCAACAGAUAUGUGUUCAUAUCAGACCAACAAAAGGGUCUUGUUGCAGUCUUUGAAGAGAUGUUUGAAAGAAUUGAGCACAGGGUUUGUUUAAGGCAUUUAUAUGCCGAUUUCAAGAAAAAAUUUGGAGGGGGUGCACUCAUUAGAGAUCUAAUAAUGGAGGCUGCAAAAGCCACUUACUACCAAGGUUGGCUCCAAAAGAUGAAUGAAUUAAAGUUGAAAGAUCUUGAUGCCUGGACAUGGUUAAUGGGUGUUCCUCCAAAAUCAUGGUGUAAGCAUGCUUUUUCCUUUUACCCUAAAUGUGAUGUACUCAUGAACAACAUAUCUGAAUCAUUUAAUGCUACCAUUUUAAGUGUAAGAGACAAACCUAUUUUGACCAUGUGUGAGUGGAUUAGGCUGUAUUUGAUGAAUAGAUGUUCUGCCUCAUCAGCCAAGCUAAAAAAAUGGCCUCAUAAAGUAAUGCCUAUACCUAGGAAGAGGCUUGAUAAAGAAGUCAUGCUAAGUGGGCACUGGUUGCCCACUUGGGCAAUGGAAGAGACCUUUGAGGUGAAUCAUUCAUAUAAUGGUCAGAAGUUUGUAGUUGACAUUGCUAAGAGAAGUUGUAGUUGUAAUUUCUGGGAGCUAGUUGGCAUCCCUUGUAGACAUGCUAUUGCUGCUCUAUGUUUCAGACAACAGAAUCCUGAAGAUUUUGUAGACAAUUGUUAUCAUAGGGACAAGUAUGCCAUAUGUUAUAGUUUUGCUAUAAGUCCGAUAAAUGGUGAAGAAAUGUGGCCUGAAGUAGAAGCUGAUCCAAUAAUGCCCCCCAUGUACAAGAGAGGUCCUGGCAGGUCUAACAAAUUAAGGAUUAGAGAGUGUGGAGAAGAAGGUGCUAGAAGAAGGAGAUUACCAGGUGUGUCUUAUAGGUGUACCAUUUGUGACAAAUUUGGUCACAAUGCUCAAACUUGCAAAAGCACAACUCAAAAUCCCAAUGCACUUAAAAGAAAGAGGAAAUUUAAAUUGGAUGCUCAAACUGCUGCAACUCAUGAAGAUGAAACUGGUGCAAGUCAUGUAGCCCAAACUGCUGCAACAGAUGGAGUUCAAACUGAGGCAACUCAUGAAGUUCAAACUGAAGGGAAAACAUUUGGACAAGCUGAACCACAAACUCAGGCUGCACAAAAUGUUAAUGAUAAUGCAGAGAAUGGAGCAACACAAGAACCUGCACUGACACAUCAGACUGAUUUUUUUGGAGACAUCACUGAUGAUGUGAUCUCAAGCCUGCCAGACUUUAACUCUACCCAAUGCUCUGCUGUUGAUGGAACCUCACAAAGGAGAGGUAAGAAAAAGAUGUCACCUACCAAGCCAAUCAAGAGGAGGACAAGUGAAAGACAGAAGUUGUUCUGGUUUAAAAAACCAAUCACUGGCCCAGGUGCUAACUCUGAAGAACCAUUAUCAUUAACUGAUGAAGAGAACAAUGUUGAGUCAAGGCGUGGGAAGAAGAAAUUGAAGAAGAAGUAUUAA